UUUUUCUCCAGUUUUUUUCAAGCAGGGGCAUUUGUGAUCUGUAACUUCUGCUUUUCUGAGUGGUGAGGGAAGAAAAUCUCGUGGUUGUGUCAGAAAGAUUCUCUCGUAAAGGAACAUGGAUCCAGGAAUGUUGUCAGUUCGAGGCUCCCGCACGUCGGGGACGAACAUCAGGAGCCAAAAUGUCAUGGCAGCUGCGUCAAUUGCGAACGUUGUGAAGAGUUCAUUGGGGCCAGUUGGUCUGGACAAGAUGCUGGUUGAUGACAUCGGGGAUGUGACUAUAACCAAUGAUGGAGCAACUAUUCUGCGGCUGUUGGAAGUUGAGCAUCCAGCUGCGAAAGUUCUGGUUGAAUUGGCACAGUUGCAGGACGAAGAAGUUGGCGAUGGGACGACAAGUGUCGUGAUUUUCGCCGCCGAACUUUUGAGGAAUGCCGAUGAUCUCGUGCGACAGAAGAUCCAUCCAACGUCUAUCAUCAGUGGUUACAGGCUUGCUUGCAAGGAAGCAGUGAAAUUCAUUCAAGAGCAUUUGAUCAUCCCUGUGGAAUCUUUGGGCCAGGAAUGCCUAAUCAAUGCAGCGAAAACGUCCAUGUCGUCGAAACUGAUUGGAGCGGAUGCGGAAUUCUUCUCCAAAAUGGCAGUCGAAGCUGUGCAAGCAGUCAAGAUAUCUGAUGGCAAAGGAGGCUUCAAGUAUCCGGUGAAGGCCAUCAACGUGCUGAAGGCUCAUGGGAAAAGUGCGCGGGAGAGUCUGUCCAUCUCUGGUUACGCCAUCAACUGCACAAUUGCUUCGAAAGCCAUGAAGAGCAGAAUUGCCCCGGCCAAAAUCGCUUGUCUGGAUUUCUCCUUGCAGAAGGCCAAGAUGAAGUUGGGUGUUCAGGUUCUGAUCACAGACCCUGAGAAAUUGGAGGCCAUCAGAGACCGUGAAUCCGACAUCACUAAAGAACGAGUGCACAAGAUUCUCGCUACGGGGGCAAACGUGAUUCUCACAACCGGUGGAAUUGAUGACUUGUGCCUUAAGUACUUCGUGGAGAACGGAGCGAUGGCUGUGCGACGAGUGAAAAAGGCGGACUUGAAGCGUGUGGCCAAGGCCACGGGCGCCACUGUCCUCUCGUCGCUGGCCAACCUGGAAGGCGAGGAGAGCUUCGAAGCCGCGAGUCUGGGCGAGGCCGCCGAAGUGGCCCAAGAGCGCAUUUGCGACGACGACCUCAUCCUCGUGCGUGGCCCCAAGGCCCACUCUGCGGCCAGCGUCAUUCUCCGCGGCCCCAACGACUUUUACUGCGACGAGAUGGAGCGGUCCAUGCACGAUGCGCUUUGCGUCGUCCGACGUGUGCUGGAGAGCAAGUCCGUCGUGGCCGGUGGCGGCGCCGUCGAGGCCGCCUUGAGCAUUUAUCUCGAGAACUUUGCCACGUCCAUGGCAUGCAGAGAGCAGUUGGCGAUCGCGGAAUUUGCCAGGGCCUUGUUGUCCAUCCCGAAGACCCUGGCGGUGAAUGCUGCGCAAGAUGCGACGGAUUUGGUAGCAAAGCUGCGUGCCUACCACAAUGCGGCCCAAACUGCCAAGGACAAGGGCGACCUCAAGUGGUACGGUUUGGACUUGAUGGAAGGCAAGGUGCGAGACAACAAGCUGGCCGGCGUCCUGGAGCCGACGGUGUCCAAAGUCAAGUGCAUCAAGUUCGCCACGGAGGCGGCCAUCACGAUUCUCCGCAUCGACGACCUCAUCAAGCUGGAGCCUGAAGGCGGCGACGAACGCUCUUAUCCGAUGCGUCAUUGAUUCCCCCCCCCCCCUUUUUUUCUCCUCCUUUUUAGUUUUCAAUUAAUUUGUUUUUCUUGUCGACUGCGUGUGGUGGGCUCUUUGAAGAACAAGGACGGUGAGGGGAUGAUGAAUGGAUGGAGAAGAACAAGCAAGGGACCCGCGAGAAGAGAAGAAGGAAAACGCAGCGACGAGUGCUAAUCCUAAACUUAAACUUCGCCACUGAACAAUUCCAAGAAAAACCCUGUCACAACGGAUGCUGUCGCGCAGAGCGAAGUGCGCAUUAAACUGGCUCUGGAAGAUUA